UCUCUUUCUGUUGAGUGGAGAAAGAUGGAGCUUUAUAAGCAAGACUUUGCCUCAUCCUUACCCACAUAAGGUGUGGGGGUCAAUGAAAAACAAAACCAAUAAAAGCUAAAAAGCUUAAAGCUUAAAGAAAGUUGAUUGCAGAAAGCAAGAGCUUUUCUUCUCCUCCCUCUCUCUCCACCCAUUUUGUAACUAAAGCUGAUACUCGAACAACCAUUCCCCACUUCUCACUAUUCCACCUUCACCACCUGUUUUUCUUUUUCUUUUUUUCUUUUCUUCAUUAAUUCACAAUUCAUCCCAUGUUAGAAGAUAUCAACAUCACUGCUGCAGCUCCUUCUUCCUCUCCCGACCGUUUUACUUCUUCAGAAAAUGGUGCUAUUAACAAGAGAAAAAGAAAACCAGCAGGCACCCCAGAUCCAGAUGCAGAGGUGGUUUCUUUAUCUCCAAAGACUUUGUUAGAAUCAGACAGAUAUGUAUGUGAGAUCUGCAAUCAAGGGUUUCAAAGAGACCAGAACCUUCAAAUGCAUAGGAGAAGGCACAAGGUCCCCUGGAAGUUACUGAAAAGAGAAACUCAAGAGGUGAAAAAGAGAGUUUUUGUUUGCCCAGAACCGAGUUGUUUGCACCACGACCCCUGUCAUGCUUUAGGAGAUCUGGUUGGCAUCAAGAAGCAUUUCAGAAGAAAACACAGCAACCACAAACAGUGGGUUUGUGAGAAGUGCAAUAAAGGCUAUGCCGUUCAGUCUGAUUACAAAGCUCAUCUCAAAACUUGUGGCACUAGAGGCCAUUCUUGUGACUGUGGCCGUGUGUUUUCCAGGGUAGAGAGUUUCAUUGAACACCAAGAUGCUUGUACUUUGCGAAGAGUUCAGCCUGAGUUACAAGGUUUGCAGCCGGCUUGUUCUUCAAGAACUGCUUCGAGUACUAGCCCUUCAAGUGAUGCUAAUUUUAGCAUAGCUCCACCAUUGUCUGGUUUACCAAUGCAAAAACCUGAAGAGCCUGUCUUUUUGUUCUCCACUAGAAACAAUCCUUCAACUUCUCAGCAACAAGAACACAAUCUUGAACUUCAGCUUCAGCCUUCACUAUUGAAUACUAACACUGCAAGAAGACAUUCGUGUGAAAACUAUGCAACCCAUUUGAAACUUUCUAUUGGGUCAAGUGAUAUUGGUGGUGAUGGCGAGAAGAAUAAUAAAGGCAGUACUGAUCCAGCUACAUUGGAAGCAACAAGGUUAAAAGAGUUGGCUAACGAGCAGCUGAAGUUAGCCAUGGCUGAAAAGGCGUUUGCCGAAGAAGCAAGACAACAAGCCAAGAGGCAAAUUGAGAUUGCUGAGAUUGAAUUUGCAAAUGCUAAAAGGAUUAGACGACUAGCACAAAGUGAACUUCAAAAGGCUCAAGUUUUGAAAGAUCAAGCUACAAAAAAAAUCAGUGCUAUAAUCAUGCAAAUUACUUGUCAAGCCUGCAAACAACAGUUUCAAGCUUCAACAUCAUUGGCUCCUCCAUAUGAUGAAACUUCACUUGCAAUGAGUUACAUGUCCUCAGCCGCUACAGAAGGAGAGUGAUGGAGGAUUUCAUUAUCAACUAUAUAUGUUAAAAAAACCAAACACCCUCUUGUCUAAACAGGUCUCUCUCAAAUAUUUGUUAAUGCUUUUUUUUGUUUAAUGAUUGCUCAUUAAUUAAUUUUCUAAUAUUAUAUAAAUUAAUCAAGUCUGACAGAUUAAUGUUAUGGGGUUGAGUAAAAGGGGCUGUAAGUUGUAACCAGUUCUUCCAAUGGAUUCAAUAUAAAUUCAUUUAUAGAAAACCAUUAUUUCUUCA